GGUUCAGUUCAUUCCAAAUCAUCUUCGAAUUUCUGACACUGAAGCUGGUGAAACGACAUUAUAAAUAAGAAUAUUUCACAGUGUUACCGCUUAUAUAUUAAGAUGGAGCUAACAAACGGCAAUGUUUUCGGAAUAUCUGAUGAUGACAUGAUCACGUAUCUUUCGCAUACUGAUACACAUCUUUAUCAACCGCUAAAACGUCCUGUCGAUCAAGGACUGAGAAGAAGAGAGCCACAUGGGUUAGAGUGUGCUAAUGGUUCUGAUGUUGAAAUGAUUCAGAAGUCCUAUCCGACGUACUCGGAGUCACCGAAAUCGCAAAAUAGCUAUAGUCCAAACCGACCAUGCGUGGAAACGAACUUUGAAAAGUAUAUGCGCGGUGAGCAAUGGCGACCGAUGCCGUCACAGGAGUCGGAAUCUCCAGCUGAGUUUUCUAUCGAUACAUUCGAUGAAAAUUUAUUUAACAUGGAUCAGAACGGCUAUUGUUGCAUAUUGACGGAUGAUGAGCUGAUCGAAGAAGCAGACCGACGUACAAGCACACCCGAUACAACGACGCACAGCACCGAUGACAAAGAGAAUCAACACAGACAUCUGCCGAACAGACAUUUACGCCUGGCUGAUUCUAAGCCAUUGAUAAUGAAUCAAGUGUACAGUACAAUGGACCCAAGAAGUCGUGUGAGUGGCGUUCCGCGCACUACGCAUUGGGUGAAUGAAAAACCUAAACAUCGAGGUGUGAAGAGGAAAUUGGAAUAUAAUGACAAAACUGUGCCUAAAAGAAGGAGAUUGACUGCAGUACAAGAGGUGCCAAUUAGCUGCAACAUCAACAAAUUCAAGAUGUUGCCCGAUCAGAAUGACGAUGAUGAACAAAUGAACUGUGUUAGUGCUAAAACUGUUGACACAGAGAUUGCAAAAGGUAAGAGGGUCAAUAGGCUCUCAAAAAAGUACAAGAUCAGACAUACAAAAGAAAAUAGGGUUAUAAUAACAUCAGUCAUUCAGAAUGAUCCCAUUAUAAUACCAGAUACACCGGUUGAACCCAUUAUAAUACCAGAUACACCGGUUGAAACCAUUAUAAUUCCAGACACACAGGUUGACCCCAUUAUAUUACCAGAUACGCAGGUUGACCCCGUUAUAAAUACAGAUGUCGUUUAUGAUUUACUUCAAGACGCACAGCCACUUUAUAUAUCUGACGUAGAGGCUGUGGAUAAUCAUGAAUGUGUUGAUAUUUCAGAUGUUCCAAACAAAGAGGUUAGAGCAUCUGUGGUUGAGUCACGUUCUGCAGCGACGGACGAUGUUGUUGCCGGUCCAUCGGGUAUUGAUGAUAGACAACAACAACGGCCGCUGCGCCUGAGAACAAUGGAUGUUAAUGACGACUGUCCAUUAGGCGUAGGUUCAACAGGUAUGGGUGGUAAUCGACAAAAUGCUACAUGCAAACCCACAAGGGCAGAGAUUGCUAGUAAAGCAUCUGAAUUAAAAUAUAAUGCUUUGAUAGGGUCUAUUUGGAGAGAGACAGCUUACACAAACCAUGCGUCUACAGGACUGUUAACACAACUAUCAGAAAUAAUGCACAGCGGCAAACGGGACCAGCGAGCGCUUAAUAAACUUAUUAAACGCUAUCUGGGGAUCGCUGUAGAACGGAGCAAUCUAGUCAGGGAAACAUGUGAUUUCCUAGAGGACAACUCAUUCGGUAAAAAAACAUCGAAAUGACUACUUAUGACAGGAAGCGGUUUGAACAGCAUUGCAAAGCGUAGAGCACAGGGUCAUAAAAAUACAAACAGGAAUUUAAAAGUAAAACGAUCCAUAAGUACAUUAACAAAUUUAAGAAAACAGAAACAACUUAGAUCGGCACGACAAGGUACACAUAGAUUUAAUGAACAGAAUGACAACAGUCCGUCACGACACAUAGAUAGACGAUCAUCACAGACGGUCAGCGUUGAACACGUAGCAUCACCCGGGGCGGCUGUCCCGGAAACGCCUAGUAAUAAUGAGGUGGCACAACCUGUUUUUUUAGAAUCCAUAGACAGGUACGAACGAAAUCACCCCAAUUUCAGAGCGUCUGAAAUUCAUCAUCACUUCCGGUUUGUUAAUUUGAACAGAGUUACAUCAUUUGUAGAGGGCGUUCGAGCCAUUCAUACGGCUAUACA